CGGAAGCUAGCCAUGUGUGGUAACAUGGCGAAUUUUCGUCAUCUUUCCUUGCAAGUCGUUUGUUAAUUAUUGCGUGGCUGUUAUGGGAAUUUUCUUGGACAGUGCAAAAUUUCUAUUUUUUGAUAUAUUUUCAUUCGUUUGCUCACUAUAAUUACAACUCUUUAGAAUGAGCGUCGACGCUUACGGACCGAGCUCCCAAACCCUCACGUUUCUUGAUACUGAAGAAGCUGAUCUUAUCGGAGCUGAUACCCAGGGCUCGGAGUUUGAGUUUACCGACUUCACACUCCCGUCCCAGAGCCAAACACAGGCCUCGCAGCACGACCAUGGCCUGUCGACCAUCAACCAGGUGAACGGGGUGGGGCGUCUGGACCUGACGGCGAAGUUGUCGAGCACCACCAAUGCCAUAGCGGAGUUGCAGUUCGAGGAGGAAGAUGAGGCUCUGUACAGCAACAAGGAGCUGCCGGAGCACGCGUGCAAGUACUGCGGCAUCCACGACCCCGCCACCGUCGUCAUGUGCAACAUCUGUAACAAGUGGUUCUGCAACGGCCGCGGGAACACCUCAGGCUCGCACAUCAUCAACCACCUGGUCCGUGCUAAGCACAAGGAGGCGGCCCUGCACCGCGACGGCCCACUCGGGGAGACCCUACUGGAGUGCUACUCGUGCGGGGCCCGGAACGUGUUUGUGCUGGGAUUCAUACCCGCUAAGGCUGACUCCGUUGUUGUUCUGCUGUGCCGUCAACCUUGUGCUGCACAGAGUUCACUGAAGGACAUGAACUGGGAUCAGGAACAAUGGAAGCCUUUGAUAUCCGAUCGUGCUUUCCUGUCCUGGUUGGUGAAGGUGCCAUCGGAAGCUGAGCAAAUGAGGGCUCGUCAAGUGACCCCGCAACAGAUCGGGCGGCUCGAGGAGCUGUGGCGCGACAACGUGGACGCCACGUUCCAGGACCUGGAGCGCCCCGGCGUGGACGAGGAGCCGCACCAGGUGCUGCUCAGAUACGAGGACGGCUACCAAUACCAGAACAUCUUCGGUCCCCUUGUCAAGUUAGAAGCGGACUAUGACAAGCGUCUCAAGGAGUCCCAGACCCAAGAGGGUAUUGAAGUGCGCUGGGACGUUGGCCUGAACAAGAAGACCAUCGCGUACUUUACGUUAGCCAAGACUGACGGGGAUAUGAAGCUCAUGCAUGGGGACGAGCUUAGACUCAGAUACGUAGGCGAGCUCCACAAGGCGUGGUCGGGCGUGGGCCACGUGAUCAAGGUGCCGGACAACUUCGGCGACGACGUGGGGCUCGAGCUGAAGAGCGGGGCCGGCGCGCCGCAGGACGCCACCACCAACUAUGUGGUCGACUUUAUAUGGAAGAGCACCAGUUUUGACCGGAUGCAACUAGCGCUCCGCAAGUUCGCCGUGGACGACUCCUCCGUAUCCGGCUACAUCUACCGGCGGCUGCUCGGCCACGAGGUCGACGACCUGCUGUUCCGCGUGCACCUGCCCAAGCACUUCAGUGCGCCCAACCUGCCCGACCUCAACAGAUCCCAGGUGUACGCAGUAAAACACGCUCUGCAGCGCCCCCUGUCGCUCAUCCAGGGCCCGCCCGGCACCGGCAAGACCGUCACCUCCGCCACCAUCGUCUACCAACUAGUCCGGCAGAACGGGGGCCCGGUCCUCGUCUGUGCACCCUCCAACACCGCUGUCGACCAACUGACUGAGAAGAUUCAUAGAACUGGGCUGAAGGUAGUCAGACUCUGUGCAAAGUCCAGGGAAGCCAUGGAGUCUUCGGUGUCUUUCUUGGCGCUUCACGAACAAGCCAGGGCGUUAGGAUCAGCUGAUAGUGAGCUGAGAAAGCUGACGCGACUGAAGGAAGAGGCGGGGGAGCUGUCAGCGGCUGACGAACGAAGAUACAGGGCGUUAAGACGAGCGGCAGAAAGAAGGUUGUUGGAUGCGGCAGAUGUGGUCUGCACUACGUGUGUGGGAGCUGGUGACCCGAGAGUGGCCAGGAUGAGGUUCCAGUCGAUCCUGAUCGACGAAGGCAUGCAGUCGACGGAACCCGAGUGUAUGGUGCCCGUAGUGCUCGGCGCUAGACAGCUGAUAUUAGUCGGAGAUCAUUGCCAGUUGGGACCCGUCGUUAUGUGCAAGAAGGCUGCCAAAGCUGGGCUGAGCCAGAGUCUGUUUGAGAGAUUGGUGGUGCUGGGAAUCAGGCCGUUCCGUCUUGAAGUUCAAUACCGAAUGCAUCCGGAGCUAUCUCGCUUCCCGUCUGACUUCUUCUACGAAGGAUCCCUGCAGAAUGGAGUCAGUGCAGAGGAGAGGCGUCUGCACAAAAUCGACUUCCCCUGGCCGAGGCCCGAUCGUCCGAUGUUCUUCUACGUCACGCAAGGACAGGAGGAAAUAGCCGGGUCCGGAACGUCUUACCUGAACAGGACUGAAGCGGCCAAUGUCGAGAAGCUAACGACGAGAUUCUUGAAAGCUGGAGUGAGGCCCGAACAGAUUGGCAUCAUCACUCCGUAUGAAGGCCAAAGGUCUUAUUUGGUACAGCACAUGCAAUACCAGGGAAGUCUUCACGCGAAGUUGUACCAAGAGAUAGAAGUGGCGAGUGUGGACGCGUUCCAAGGCAGAGAGAAAGACAUCAUUAUAAUGUCGUGCGUGCGUUCUAACGAACACCAGGGCAUAGGGUUCUUGAGUGACCCGCGUCGGCUGAACGUCGCUUUGACUCGCGCAAAAUACGGGCUUAUUGUCGUUGGCAACCCUAAGGUACUCAGCAAGCAGCCUCUAUGGAACCAUCUGUUAGCUUUCUAUAAAGAACGCCGUGUGUUAACCGAAGGCCCGCUGUCUAACCUCAAAGAGUCUGGUAUACAGUUCGCGAAGCCGAAGAAAUUAGUCAACGCCCAGAACCCGGGCUCCCACUUCAUGUCGACUUCAAUGUUCGACGCUCGCGAGGCGAUGGUCCCGGGUUCGGUGUACGACCGCGCCAGACCUUUACGAGACCCGUUGGCUUACGUCGGGCCCGAACGAGCUGCGUUGUUACACGCACCCGUCCCUCCAGCCGCCUUCCCGAUGAUGAACCGAUUAGCCCGCCCGCUCACCCAGCGAGGAACCAAGAAGCGACCUCCCAGGCUAUCCCAAGAGCCGCUAUCCCAACAGCCGCCAUUAUCGCUGUCUCAGGGAGCUUCACAGCCGGACUUCAGCCAGGAGUCGGCGGCACCGGACUGCCCCUCGCAGCCGGACGGACUGCUCUCCCAGGACUCUACCUACCAGGGCGGGUUCCGUAACAGAUGCAGCCAGUACUGAGGGCCGGGACCGGCCGACUUCGUCAGCUACCGACCCGGAGGGGGGCACAAAAUCGCAAGUUCCACGUGGGGCCGCCAGGCGACGUUGUUUGCGGACGUGCAAACGAACUCAAUCCGAUCGGAAUCCAAAUUUAACGUUACGAGCCAUUACUGUUGAAAGAGACGAGGGCGACAACAUGAGAAGAAUUUAGAGUUUCAGAAAGCUUUUUUUUUUGUGGAAUGGCUUGAGUUUAGAGAGCGCAUGUUCGUUUCAUUGUUAUCGUGCGACAGUUCCAUAUAAUCCUCAUCGCUAUUUGAAUCGGAUCAUCUGUGUAGGUCUUUCGAGUGAUUGGUUUGCCGGUAUCUGGUGAAAAGAACGCGUGGGCUAGGAGCUAUCCAAAUAAUGGUUAUGCAGCGAUAAUACUUUAACAUGAGAAUUUGGUCAUUCCAUCGUGGCUCAAUUGUUAUAUGAAUAACUUAUAUUUAUUUCGAUCAUGUCCCCUUUUUCCGUCAAUUAUUUAAAAACAAGGAUGUAUUCAUCCUGGAGAUAUUGAAAAGUUAAGAAAUUAUUUAUCAUUCUCUGCGGUCGAGUUUAACUCAUUCACUCUGAAGUUAACCAAAAUUUAACGAAUGCUCAGUUAAUGAAAAUUCUAUGAGCAAAUAAUCCUCCUAUUGGUAAACCAAUUACUUGGCGGACCGUAUAAGUAGCAAAUUAGGAAACUUACAUAAAAUUAUGAUUUACU